UACAAUGAAUUCAUAUCAAGUUCGUCUUCCACUACUUAUUUCAUUUUUUUACUUUUACUAUCAAAUAGCUAUCGCAACCACAACUGCACCAGCACCCGCCCCCGCAUAUAAUUCAAGUGGAUUUAGUGCUUUGCAAAAACACGUUUCUUUUUUUGAUAGAAAUCAUGAUGGCAUCGUUUAUCCAAAGGAAACUUUCCAAGGAUUUAGAGCGAUAGGUUGUGGAGUUGCCUUAUCGACAGCUGCUUCGGCUUUCAUUCAUGCCGGUCUUAGCCAAAAAACACGUCCCGGAGAGCCUCCUUCUAUUUUGUUACCAAUAGUAGUUGCAAACAUCAAAUUAGCAAUACAUGGAAGUGACUCCGGUGCCUAUAAUGCUGAAGGAGGGUUUGUGGCUUCAAAAUUUGAAGAAAUUUUCAGCAAGCAUGCAAAACAACAUCCAAAUGCUUUAACUUCUGAUGAAUUGAAGGAGAUGCUUAAGUCAAAUAGAGAGCCUAAGGAUUUCAAAGGAUGGCUUGCAGCUGAAUCAGAAUGGAAGAUAUUAUUUGAUCUAUGCAAGGAUAACAAUGGUUUACUCCAAAAAGACAUCGUAUAUUCUGUUUAUGAUGGAAGUUUGUUUGAACGUCUCGAAAAGGAACACUCCAAAACCAAGAAUAAUGUAUAAAUAUGAUUUCUAUUGUGAUAAUUGAGAAAAUCACGAUUUCCAUUUAUUUGUGAUAUUAAUAAAUUAUUAAAUAUGAUUUCUAUACGUCUUUACAAUUAAAUUGUGAUAUCUAUGAAAUUUGA